AUGUACAUCCCACAAAUAAUGGAGGUUAAGGAGUUUGAGAAACAAGCUGAAAUUAUAAAACAGUAUCCGCUAGGCAUUUUGUUCAGUUACUCACCACCAAAGAGUGCUUUGUCGAACUUUCUUAAUGGAAGCCAGGAAGUGCCAAGAGUUGACAGUGAAAUGUGUGCGACACAUAUCCCUUUUUAUCUUAAGGAAAGUACUGAUGGGAAGCAUAAACUCGUUGCUCACCUGGCUGACGGCAACAGUCACAUUGCCAUGCUCAAAGAAAACUCGAAUUGCAUGGUAGUAUUUCAAAGCAUGAAUUCUUAUGUAACACCAAGUUGGUACCCGCUAAAGAAGGAGACGCAUAAAUUUGUACCCACUUGGGAUUUUGCGUGCGUCCAUGUCUAUGGAAAGGCAGACAUUAUAGAAGAUAAAAAAUGGCUCUUGAGUAUGUUGAAUGAUCUGACAGAUCAGGAAGAGAACAAGAGGUCUCCGGAAUUCGGAAAGAAAUGGAGCGUUGAGGAGACGAAUCACAGAUUCUUAGAGAGUUCCAUGAAUAGAAUUGUUGGCCUGGAAAUUGAGGUUACUGAUAUCCAAGCAAAAUUUAAAGUGCAUCAAAGUGCAAAUCCAGUUAAUGCCAACGGUGUCUUGAAAGGCUAUGAAACAGAGGCAGAACCUGAAAAGGCAAAGGUAAUGUGCAGAUUACUUAAAGAAAAUUACCCAAGAGAACUAUAG